AUGAAUUUGGCUAGUUUAAUCGAUCUCAAGCAUUUGCCUUCUAUCAAAUUUUCAUAUCGUGGAAAUGAGAUACUUCAAGAAGCUUGUUGCAAAAGCUUAUCGAAUUUUUUUGAACGAAAUGUUGCUUUGUGGAAGAGAUGCUCACGACAAUAUUCACUUCCUCUUCAUGCACGUUUUCUUUUCAAGUUCAUUCCAUUUUCGACAGAUGUUAUAAUUGAUUAUAAAUCGACGAAACAGAAAAAGUGGGAAGAAGCUUCAAUGCUUCAUUUCUUUUUCUUAGAUCCAUCGACUGUGGAAGAAUAUCGCAGUGAAUACCGAAACGAUUUGGGCGAAUGGUUUGCCAUUUUGAACAAAAUUGAAGGUGCAGAAUGGUUAAUUACAUUUCACAGUUCAAAAGCUCGAGAAAAGAAAAAUCGUGGAGCGGUUAUUGAACGAAUUAAAAGUGAUUUUGCAAAAUUCAGUAAUAGGAUUGUUGAAAUCCAGGAUCUCUCAAAUAUGACUACCUUGCAAAGUGCUGUUCAAACAUUCUUAUUAAAUUCGUUAGAAGAUUAUGUUACUAGCCAAGAAAACAGUCUGCAUAAACGAAAUGAUCAGUUCUCAAAUCCUGAUUUUGAUUUCAUUGCUUUUUGUCGGGAUCAAAUAAGUCUUUCACGUCUUUACGAAAGUUUAGGCAUAUUUGAACAAGUUCUUGCAUUGUUCGAUGAGCUUGAUGCUAUGCUAUCUUCAUUUGUUCUCCAUUAUUCAUCUGAAGAGCUACCCAAGUGGUUGGAAUCAUCAAAACAUGUGUCUACAACAUCAUUCGGUUGUCCGUUGUUUGUGGCAAUGUUGAAAUGCGAAACAUUUUGGGAUGAUAUCACAAUUGUAGAGUUACGCUAUGUUAUUUUGGCAAAUCAAAUCGUGAAUGUGAUUCGCUUAUAUGAGGAACGUUUGCAACAAACUUCAACAAGUGGCGACAUUAGUUCUCUGAGUUUGGAAACUGAAUUUACAAUUAUGCUUUUGCGAUACUCCCAGCAUUGCUUGAAUGCUAUAUGUGAAUGUAUGGCAGUUUUUAAACUUCCGAUGGAUUCCGAUAAAAUGCAAUGUUGGAUAAUUGCAUUUUGUUUGGAAACAUUGCAGAUAACUUCAUUGCUAACAGAAGUAACUCAUGUUGAACAGGCAGCUCAGUUUACCUGUGCACUAAGAUGGGCGAAUUGCCAAGCUAUGUCGAAACUGAACGAAAAAUGGAAUUUUAUUGAUUGGGGAAGAUUAACAAAGUGGUUCGAAGAUGGAAUUGUCAGAUGUGGCGAAGAAGCGAUUAAAACUAGUGCCAUCACUGAAAUAAGGCAACUUCUUUCUAGCCAACAGCAGUUUUCACAUUACAUGCAAAAAUAUCACGAGAGUUCUAUCGCUGUUUUAAAGCAUUUUGGAUGGCGACGUAAAGCACGUGUAGUUGGUUGGGAGCUGGCCAAAUUUCUGCUAGCAUCAGAUCGUGCAGAAGGAGCUGUUCCCUACUUGUUGAAUUUUGUAUCAAAUUUAAUAUCAGAUGGAUCACCAGAAUUGCUGCUUAGAGAAACAUUAAUGUUUACUGUAAAUCAUUUGGAAAAAUUUCCAGGAAUUCAUGACAGAGAGCUGGUGGACUUCUACUUCAUACUUAUCAAACUAGCGAAGACAGAAGAGGAACAGAUAAAAUAUUUUGAAAAAUUACUGGAUUUGACUGAACAGCGGAAUAUAUCCAAAAUAAGGUUGUAUUCAAAUUCUAAUCAAAACGAAGCUUUUUAUUUUGGUUUUAAUUCUGUAUCUUCCAUUAUUAUGGCGUCACCAGAUGAAGAAGUAAAGAUUGAUGUGGAAAUUAUCAGUAAUCUUCCGAAGCCAGUUAAAAAUUUUUCAUUGCAUUGUCAUUUCAACUUACAUGUUCAGAAUGAAUCAGAAAAACCAACUGCUGGUCGGCAACCACAAUUCGAAUGCAUUUACAGCGAAACGGAUGGGAUUAAUCGUUUUGCAUGUGUUUGGAGAGGCAGCACCGUUGUACAGAAAGAAUUCCUGCAAAGAUUUUGCUCAGAUGUUAUCAGUGAAUCGCAUGAUGCAUUGGUUCUACUAAAUUCUAAUACGGAUGAAUUGAAGCCUGAUGUUGGAGUGUAUUUUUUUGACCAUUUUGAAUUGGAAAUUGGUCGUUCAUUAGUAAUUCGACGUGAUUGGGCUGAUGUUCGGGAAAUUGAAAUAGAUGCGAUUUGUAGGCCAAUAUGUUUUGUACUUCGUAAACCUGCUUCUGUAAAACUAAGAUCAUUACCAAGGAUGUUGACAGCAGGUGUGGCUCAACAUAUUGAGUUUGAAGUAUCUCGUGGUUCACAAAAACUUGAUGGCAGUUCAGUUUUACAUAUAGCUUCUUUGGAAGACAAUGAUUUGGAGUUUUGGGAUGUGUCGCGAUCAAAGUGGUCCAAUGUCUGUAACUUUCCAUUGGACUUAUCAUCUGUUGAAAGUAUAGUUAUCAAGGUUCAUCUGUGUAAGAUUUUACGGAAUAUGUUGAAUAAUGGCGAAGAAGUAAAAGACGAUCCACCAACAUGUGUCACUCAGAUUUAUGUGAAAUGGAUGGAUAAGGAAUGGAUUUUUCCAAUCGAUUUUGUCUCAUUUAUAAGCAUUGAUAGUCGUACUUCUCUACUGGAAGAAAGAAUGCUUUUCGAAAUGGUGGUUUUGCGAGGUAUUGAUCAGUGGUUGGUCAUACCACAAGAAGCCAUACUUAUGAGAAUAAGCGACGAUUCUCCUCGAUUGCCAGCAAAGUUGCUCAAUCCAAAACUUGUGGAUAUUCAACCAGGAAGUAGAUAUCGUUUAGUUUGGAUUCUUCCACUCAAUAAGCGGAAAAUAGAUGAGAUAGAUGAUUACGAAUUGUGGUUCACGUAUCGAGUCAAGUCCCUAAAUAGAAUCGUAAAAGAAGAGGAAUCGAUUUAUGAUCGGGAAUAUAUGCUAGUUGAAAAAUUCUACGUGCCUUAUAGAGCGCCAAAUUAUGAGCUUUGUGUACAAAUACUUUCAUCUCAACCUGGUGCGGUACUUUGUCGUGUCGAUAACCCUUGUGAUAUGAUCGUAUCAUUGCGGAGUUUAACAAAUCGGCUUGAAACGGUAAUUAUAAGUGUUGAUGCUGAUCCACGUUUCUGGACAGUUAGCGAAAGAAAUAAAAUAUUACAUGUGAAAGAAAGCGGAUUGGGACAAAUUUCGUUUACCGUUUUCCCAAAAACGACUGGUUUUUUGCCAUAUCCUUUCAUAGCUGUGUACGGUGGUGGCCAUAAAAGGUCAAGUUCGGAUGUUUCUAGGAUUUCAAAUGAUAGUAGUGAUUGGGGGCCGCGUUUGCCAACUUUUAUACGAACGGAUGGAAAACAAGUACAUGUGCUUGGCGUUUUUGUAUCAGCAACUGAUUCUAGUACGUCCUCUCACGAGAAAAAUAAUCGUUUGAAGGGAGCGAAAAAUCGAUUAACAAAACUUUUUGAUUAG